AUGCAACACAAUCAACAAAUGAUCAAAACUACAAAGAAUUCUAUAAGAAUCCAUUCAACACUCAACGUGGAAAUUUUACAGGCACAUCGGUCACCUUUAAAUACAUCGAUGCCGACCGAAAUCAACGAUUCUAUUGAUUUAUCUCACGAUCAAUUUUUAUUCGAUUCAAAUAUUUUUCAAGAAGAUGGUGUCAUCUUGACUGAAGAUGACUACAAUGACUUGUCCAUUGACUUAGAUAAUAUAGAUCCAACUGACUAUUUGUUUAAUUCUGAUUCCAAUAUGUCCAACAUGCAAUCCAGUUCUCCACAAAUACAAUAUGAUGAAAUGACAGAAGUAUCGACAGAUUCAGGUUCGAAUGAGCUUGAACAAGAUCAAAGGGAUUCCGCAGUACCUUCUGAUUCUACUCCGAAAUUGACUCGAUUUGGAAGUAAGAAAGUGAUUAAAUAUUCCGCAGAAUAUUAUGAUCGACGAUCGAAAAACAAUGGAGCAGUACACAAAUCACGAGAAAAGGCUAAAGAAAACAAGAAAGCAAGAGAGUUAAAAAUGGCUAUGUUAGCCAAUGAAAAUCAACAACUAAUUAAUCGAGUUGAUCUACUUACGAAAGAACUGGAAUCACUCAAGUCAUCCUGCGAAGCAUUCAAUCAAAUAUUACCCACCAAUGCAGUUGAGUAA